AAAAUUCCGAGUACGCAAAAACAAAGCAAAAACAAAAAAAUAAAAAGACUAAAAAGGGCAGAGAAUCGAAUUCGUGGCGCUUUUCUAUCAUUCACGACGAUAAAAGAAAAUGGUGAUGAUAGAUCAGUAUAUUUUUGGAUGUUUCGCCGCUUCGUUGUUCGGAUUCGCUUUGCUCUACAACUUGCGCCGGAAGAUAAGGCGGAAUAGAGGCUCCAAGGCUGCCGGAAAAGACGAAUGCAUUACGACCUCCGCCGCCGCAGUUGCCGGUGGAUUGCGGCAGGAGAGCGGCGGCGAGCCUGACAUUAUAAUCGUUGGUGCCGGAGUCGCCGGUGCGGCGCUGGCUUACACCCUCGGCAAGGAUGGACGUCGUGUUCAUGUCAUUGAAAGAGACUUGACCGAGCAAGAUCGCAUUGUUGGGGAACUUCUCCAGCCUGGUGGUUAUUUGAAAUUGAUUGAGUUGGGCCUUCAAGAUUGUGUGAAAGAGAUCGAUGCUCAACAAAUUUUUGGAUAUGCCCUUUACAAGGACGGUAAAGACACCAAGUUAUCUUACCCCUUAGAGAGCUUCGACGCAGAUGUCUCUGGCAGAAGCUUCCACAAUGGCCGUUUCAUCCAGAGGAUGAGAGAAAAGGCUGCAACACUUCCAAACGUAACACUUGAACAAGGCACAGUGACGUCGUUGCUUGAAGAAAAUGGAACUAUUAGAGGUGUCCAAUACAAGACCAAGAAAGGCGAAGAGAUUACCACUUAUGCUCCUCUUACCAUUGUUUGCGAUGGAUGUUUUUCGAACCUGAGGCGCUCUCUCUGUUCUCCUCAGGUGGAGAACCCCUCGUGUUUUGUGGGUCUGAUCCUGGAAAACUCUGGUCUCCCACAUGCUAAUCAUGGACACGUUGUUCUUGGAGAUCCUUCCCCUAUCCUGUUUUAUCCCAUCAGCAGCACAGAGAUACGAUGCUUGGUUGACGUUCCCGGGCAAAAGGUUCCAUCCAUUUCCAACGGCGAAAUGGCGCACUAUCUGAAAACUGUGGUGGCUCCUCAGGUUCCUCCUCAGCUGCAUGAUUCAUUUAUAGCUGCUAUCGAGAAAGGGAACAUACGGACCCAUCCAAACAGAAGCAUGCCAGCAAAUCCCCGUCCCACCCCUGGCGCGCUUUUGUUGGGGGAUGCAUUCAACAUGCGUCACCCUUUAACUGGUGGAGGAAUGACCGUGGCCCUAUCCGAUAUUGUUCUCCUCCGCAAUCUUCUUAGGCCUAUUGACAAUUUACGCGAUGGAUCCAAACUCUGCCAAUAUCUUGAAUCCUUCUACACUCUAAGAAAGCCAGUAUCAUCUACCAUCAACACAUUGGCUGGAGCGCUCUACAAAGUUUUCUGUGCUUCACCCGAUCCAGCAAGGAAGGAAAUGCGUGAGGCUUGUUUUGACUACUUGAGCCUCGGAGGCAUCUUCUCAAAUGGGCCUAUCUCCUUACUUUCUGGCUUAAACCCGCGCCCCUUGAGCCUCUUUCUCCACUUCUUUGCUGUGGCUGUCUAUGGUGUUGGUCGUUUGCUACUUCCAUACCCAUCGCCAAGCAAGGUUUGGUUGGGUGCUAGAUUGCUUUCGGCAGCAUCUGGAAUCAUCUUCCCGAUUAUUAAAGCAGAAGGCGUUAGACAAAUGUUCUUCCCCGCUACCGUGCCAGCCUACUACAGAGCACCCCCUGUUAACUAGAAGAUGAACUACCAAAUGAUCAUAUUCAUUAUUUUCUUCUUUUACUGUAAAAUGAAAAGAAAAAUGGUGUGUUGAUUUGCUUAAAGAAAUAGUAGUACAAUAGAUGCGUGAUGCCUCUCAUUCGCAGAAACCAGAAGUGUAAACACCAAUAGAAUAAGCAAGAAGUGCAAACACAUUAUAAUUACAGUGUAAAGCAUUUACUAGAACUAUCAUAGCUCUAAAUUUAUUUAUACACAUUUCUCUUGAAUUCUA